AGCAGUUAGCAGGGUAUACGGACAGCAAAGAAAGAGAAGCAAAAGCCUCACGAGUUCUGGAAAAGAAUGGAGGCGUACGGGGGAUGCUUUGUAGAUGACAAGGCAAUUAGAGUGGAGAACAUAUUCCUCGACUUCCUCAAGAGCUUCAGGUUGACCACAAAUGGGGAAUCGUAUUACGAGGCGGAGAUACAGGCGAUGAAAGGGAACGAGUCGAGCACCAGUUUCAUCGACUUCUCGCACGUCACUUACAACGAUAUUCUCCAGAAGGCCAUCGCUGAUGAGUACUUGAGAUUCGAGCCUUACUUGAAGAAUGCAUGCAAGAGGUUCGUGAUGGAGAAUCCCGCUUUUGUUGCGGACGCCGAUGAUAGCCCCAACAAGGACAUCAAUGUUGCCUUCUUUAACAUUCCCUUCACCAAGCGCUUGAGAGAAUUAACCACAGCAGAAAUUGGGAAGCUAGUAUCAGUCACAGGAGUAGUCACACGCACAAGCGAAGUCAGGCCAGAGCUUCUCCAAGGAACUUUCAAGUGCUUGGAAUGCGGAAGCCUCAUCAAGAAUGUUGAACAGCAGUUCAAGUACACAGAGCCAGUAACCUGUGUAAGUGCAACAUGUCUAAAUAGAACAAAAUGGGCAUUGCUUCGACAAGAGAGCAAGUUUGCAGAUUGGCAGAGGGUAAGAAUGCAGGAGACUUCCAAAGAGAUACCUGCUGGUUCCUUACCUAGAUCAUUGGAUGUUAUUCUCCGUCAUGAGAUUGUUGAACAGGCUAGGGCAGGCGACACUGUCAUCUUCACUGGUACUGUUGUUGUGAUACCGGACAUAUUGGCAUUGGCCUCCCCUGGUGAAAGAGCAGAAUGCCGUCGAGAAUCUUCUCAACGCAAGAAUUCUACUGCUGGACAAGAAGGUGUGAGGGGUCUUCGUGCAUUAGGAGUCAGAGACCUAUCCUAUCGUCUUGCCUUUAUUGCCAAUUCGGUUCAGGUUUCUGACGGUAGAAAGGAUGUUGACAUCAGAAAUAGAAAGAAGGAUGGUGAUGAAGAUGACCAACAGUUCACGUCAGAGGAGCUUAAAGAAAUUCAAAGAAUGAGAGAUACCCCUGAUUUCUUCAAUAAGCUUGUUGACAGCAUUUCACCAACUGUUUUUGGUCACCAAGAUAUCAAGCGAGCAAUCCUACUUAUGCUUUUGGGUGGUGUCCACAAGCUCACUCACGAAGGCAUCAAUCUGAGAGGAGACAUAAAUGUCUGUAUAGUUGGAGAUCCUAGCUGUGCAAAGUCUCAGUUUCUCAAGUACACAUCAGGUAUUGUUCCCAGAUCUGUCUACACAUCUGGCAAAUCCUCUUCUGCUGCUGGAUUGACUGCGACUGUGGCCAAAGAACCAGAAACUGGUGAAUUCUGUUUUGAGGCAGGUGCGCUGAUGCUGGCUGACAAUGGCAUAUGUUGCAUUGAUGAAUUUGACAAGAUGGAUGUCAGAGAUCAGGUUGCAAUUCAUGAAGCUAUGGAACAACAGACUAUAAGCAUCACUAAAGCUGGGAUACAAGCAACACUAAAUGCCCGGACAUCAAUUCUAGCUGCAGCUAAUCCUACUGGGGGUCGCUAUGAUAAGUCUAAACCACUCAAGUAUAAUGUUGCUCUCCCUCCAGCAAUUCUUUCUAGGUUUGAUCUGGUAUAUGUCAUGAUUGAUGACCCAGAUGAUCAAACUGAUUACCAUAUUGCCCACCACAUUGUGAGAGUUCACCAGAAGCAAGAAGAAGCACUUGCUCCUGCAUUCACUGCUGCACAACUGAAGCGAUAUAUUACAUAUGCAAAAACUUUAAAACCAAAGCUAACCCCAGAAGCAAGAAAACUCUUGGUUGAGUCUUAUGUUGCACUCAGACGAGGUGAUACAAAUCCUGGCAGCAGAGUUGCGUACCGGAUGACGGUUAGGCAGCUGGAGGCAUUAAUCAGGCUGUCUGAGGCCAUUGCUCGGAGUUAUUUGGAAACUCAGGUACAACCGCGACAUGUUCGUGUAGCAGUGAGAUUGCUGAAAACAUCUAUAAUAAGUGUGGAGUCCAGUGAGAUUGAUUUGUCAGAGUUUCAAGAUGAUGGUGCUGAUGAUAGAAAUGGUGAUUCUGGCCAAGGUGAUGCUCAACCAAGAAAUGUUGCAGCUGAGCCAGCUUCUGGAACUGCAGCUAGGACUAUAUCAGCUGUGUUACUUAAAUCUUUUUAUUUUCAUAAACACUUGAGUUUGAGGAUGAAAAUGAACUAUUGUCUUUCUGAAAAUGGAGCAGGUUCUGCCAAUCAUCAAAAGGAAGAAUAUAGGGUAAAGGAAGACUAUUUUCAGAGGGUUACUCAAGCCCUCGUCAUGCGACUUAGACAGCAUGAAGAAACCGUCAAGCAACAAGACACUGGGCUGGCAGGAAUGAGUCAGGGUGAUUUAAUCCAGUGGUAUGUGAAUCAGCAGAAUGAGAAAAACAACUACAGUUCCACUGCAGAAGUAGAAGUAGAAAUUAAGCGAAUUAGAUCACUUAUUGAGAGAUUGAUUCGGAGGGAAGGCUACUUGAUUGUGCUAGAUGAUGGUAGGCAAGAAGAGGGUGAAGGUGCAGCACGAUUAGCUAGAGACAGCAGGAUUUUAGCUGUGGCUCCUAAUUAUGCCAUGGAUUAAUGUGAAAUUUCAUUAAAAGUAUGAGCCAAAUGUGGAAAUGCAUUAUCGGCUCCGCUUGCAUGAUUGUUAGGAUUGCAGACAGAAAAGCUGUCAAGGGUUGAAAGUUGGGUACCAUCAGCACUGCAGAUUUUGGCUUCACUAGUUUCUUGAUUUUUGGGGGUUAAUGUGCAUUAAACAAGGAUUUUCUUCCUCCCUAACACUUUUUCUUUCCUGGUGGGACGAGUAAGCUUGAUUACAGAUGUUAGUGGGGAACCUACCUAGAGUGAGAAUUCAGGUUUGAAGGUGAUCCGCCUGUGUAACAGUUUAAAGCACUUUGAGGUAAUCUAACAAACAUAAGUGGUCUUGA